AUGAAGAGCACGCCUCUGAUCAUCAAUUGGCAUGACCAGAAUGCCCCGAUCUAUUCGGCCCACUUUGAGCCGCACGGCAAGAAUCGUCUGGCCACGGCUGGGGGCGACAACAAUGUUCGGCUCUGGAAGGUCGAGUCCAACGGCGAGAACAGAAAGGUCGAGUACCUGUCGACGCUGGCAAAACAUACGCAAGCCGUGAACGUGGUUCGCUGGAGUCCAAAAGGCGAGCUCCUGGCUUCUGGUGGCGAUGACGGCAACGUCAUCCUCUGGGUGCCGUCGGAAAGCUACCACCCGACCUUUGGCAACGACGGGUACGAGGACAGGGAGACGUGGCGGACAAAACACAUGUGUCGGUCGUCGGGGGCCGAGAUCUACGACCUGGCCUGGUCGCCAGAUGGGUCGCACUUUAUCAUCGGCAGCAUGGACAACAUUGCUCGCAUAUACAAUGCUGCCAGCGGCGUGCUCGUCCGCCAGAUCGCCGAGCACAGCCAUUACGUGCAGGGCGUGGCCUGGGACCCGCUCAACGAGUACAUUGCCACACAGUCGUCGGACCGAUCGGUCCAUGUCUACUCGCUCAAGGCCAAGGACGGCCAGUACAUCCUGACGGCCGGCCUCGACGACAAGGCCCCCAAGUUGGCCAGCCACAUUAAAGCUGACCUGCCGCCACGUCGUCUCGCGUCGCAGAGCCCGGUGCCGCCGGAGCCGAUCCUGCCGUCGUCGUCCAACGGCCACCGGACCCAGUUGUCGGUCAUGGAUGCUGUACCACCCAUGGGCUCGCCAGUCCCGUCCGCUCCCGGCACCCCUACGUCUGUGGCCCUGCCGAUGAACCCUCCCAGUGUCGUCAGCCACAGCCGACGCUCGUCCUUCUCUUCACGGCGGUCCGUCUCGCCGGCACCCUCGACCAUGCCGCUGCCGGCUGUCAUGCCCAUGGAGGCGUCGCCGAAGCUGCACAUGUCCAGCUCCAACAUCGGCCUUGGCUCGUCGGCUGUCGGCAUGAAGAACGCCAAUCUUUACGCCAACGAAACCCUGACCUCCUUCUUCCGCCGCCUCACCUUCACGCCCGACGGCAGCCUACUGUUGACACCCGCCGGCCAGUACCAGACCCAGCACCACCACGAGGGCUCGAAGCCGUCGUACGAGAUCAUCAACACCGUCUACAUCUACUCGCGCGGCGGCAUCAGCAAGGCUCCCAUUGCCCAUCUACCCGGUCACAAGAAGCCGUCGGUGGCGGUGCGCUGCUCGCCCAUCAUCUACACCCUGCGUCCGUCGGCCGCGUCGACAAAGCACAUCACCAUCGACACAUCCUCGGCCGAAGAGCCCAUCAUCCCUUCGCUUCCCGACCCCAUCUCCAAUCCGACCUCGGUGCCGACCUCGACAGCCUCCGUCAUGGAUCCGCCACCACCGCCACCACCGCCGCCACAGUCUCACGCAUCCGCCGCAGAUCCUGCCACCCCAAACGCCAAGAUACUCGGCAGUGCUGAGACGGUCGCCACAGCGGCGACGCCCGGUCCCAAGUCUGCCUUUGCCCUGUCCCAUCGCAUGAUUUAUGCCGUGGCCACACAGGAUUCCAUCUUGCUGUAUGACACCCAGCAGCAGACGCCUCUCUGUGUCGUUAGCAAUCUGCACUGUGCCACGUUUACAGAUAUAACAUGGUCGAGUGACGGCCUGACACUGCUCGUCUCCUCAUCAGACGGCUUCUGCUCCACACUCUCCUUUACGCCUGGCGAGCUGGGCCAGCAGCACAUGGGCGAGACAGCACUGGUCCGAGAGUGGAGCCGGCAGGCUGCAACCGGCGCGUUUGGCGAUAUGACCGUGCAUCGCAACUCGGCCAGCUCGUUCACGGCACCAUCGCCGCCGGCCACGGCGUCCUUUGCUAGCUUUGGAGGGAGCAGCAACAGCAGCGCGAAUGGCGGAAACAGCAACACUGCCGCUUCCACCGUAACGAUGCGUCCCUCAUCGCCGGCCCGGUCGAACUCGGCGUCGUCCGUGCUGACACAAGCAUCGCUGGCCGCCCUGAACAACCCGCCGCUGGUGGUGGGAAGCAUGCCGAGCCUGGCUGCCACGGCUGCUGGUGGUACUGGCAAGACAAGCUCAGCUCUCGCGGCUGCAGUUGCCGCAGCCGCCACGCCACCCGAAACGCCACGCAACCGUGCUAGCAGCGUCACAAGCAGCGUGGCCGGGAGCGUGACUGCUGCAGCCACAGCAUCGUCGCUGUCAGUGCCGGUGACGACGGGCACGAAGCGGGAGGCCGGCGCCGAGGGCGAGAAAGAGGACGUGUCAGUAGUGACGGGAGAGCCGGAGCCGAAGAAGCGGCGAAUCGCGCCGACGCCUGUAAUCAGCGGUAGUGACGGCGGAAGCAGUGCGUGA